AGCCCAAAUCCAGCCGCUGUAGUGUCGUCACUGCGCGUCCAUAGCCGUUUUGUCCGUGGUGUUCGUGCUGCCAGCAGUGACCACGGUGCUCCUGGAGAGACUGCGCCUUCGUCGGUUCACUUGACACUAUCACACCCAUCACCUCUUUCCCCCAUCUCCCUCUCCCUCCCACCUGGAACACUGGACAUCCACAAGCGGCCGGAGAGCGGCGACGGGCCGGCGAAGCUGGGGGUGAUCUCGUUGCCCGACGCGCUGGGAGUCGUCGCGGCUUCAGCCGACAAGCACAUUCGCGGGGAGCUGCCGUCAAGUAUGGACGGGCUGGCGGUGGAAGUUCGUGGCUCGAAUGGGGCCUUCUAUAAGGGUUACAUCAAGGAUGUCCAUGAUGACUCCCUCACCAUUGUGUUUGAAAACAACUGGCAGCCAGAGCGACAGUUGCCCUUCAGCGACGUGCGGUUGCCGCCUCCAACAGACUACCACAAGGAAAUUGGCGAAGGAGAGGAGGUGGAGGUGUACUCCAGGGCCAAUGAACAGGAGCCAUGUGGAUGGUGGCUGGCCCGGGUCCGAAUGAUGAAGGGGGAGUUCUAUGUGAUCGAAUACGCGGCGUGUGACGCCACUUACAACGAGAUUGUCACAGCAGAGCGCAUCAGGCCCCUCAACCCCAACAGCCCCUCCUCGCAGAAAUCCUUCCACAAAGUUACCAUCCCUGUCCCGGAGGACCUUCGGGAUAUCUGUGCAGGCGACAACAUUCACAAAGACUUCAGGAAAGCUAUUGGCGCCAAUUGCAUCUUUUACAGUGCCCAAUCACAUGAACUCAUUGUGCUGUCUACAAAUGAAACCACAACAAAGCGUGCUACCCUUCUCAGCGACAUGCAUUUCCGCAGCAUCCGUACCAAGCUUAUGUUAAUGUCCCGUAACGAGGAAGCCACCAAACAUUUGGAGACAAGUAAACAGUUAGCCUCAGCCUACCAGGAGGAGGUUCGGGUACGAGAGGACCUGAUGGGGCUCGCCAUCGGCUCCCAUGGCGCUAACAUCCAACAAGCCCGAAAGGUGCCUGGUGUCACAGCUAUCGAGCUGGAAGAAGAGAGUUGUACCUUCCGGAUCUAUGGAGAGACUCCAGAAGCAGUAAAGCAGGCUAGAGAGUAUCUUGAAUUUAAAGAAGACUACUUUCAGGUACCCAGGAACCUUGUAGGCAAAGUCAUCGGCAAGAAUGGCAAAGUCAUACAGGAGAUUGUGGACAAGUCGGGCGUGGUCCGUGUCAGGAUCGAAGGAGACAACGACAAAAAGCUUCCCCGGGAGGAGGUAGGCAGGCAGGGGGCAGGCAGGGACGACACUGCCAGCAGCAAAGAGGGCAUGGUUCCUUUUGUGUUUGUGGGAACUAAGGAGAACAUCAGCAACGCGCAGGCACUUCUGGAGUACCAUGUGUCCUAUCUCCAGGAAGUGGAGCAGCUGCGCCUCGAACGUCUCCAGAUUGAUGAACAGCUCCGCCAGAUUGGGGUGGGUUAUCGCGCGACGCCUAGUCGAACCGGAGCUGGAGGUGGUGGCGGCACCACUGACCGAGAGAAAGGCUACUUGACCGACGAAAGCAGCAACUCGCUCCACACUUCCCGUACCUACGGAGGUCGUGGCAGAGGACGCAGAGCCUCCAACAGCCAGUAUUCUGGAUAUGGCACAAACUCUGAGCUGUCCAAUGCCUCUGAGUCGGAGGACUUUAACGAGCGAGAUCAGCGGCCCCGGGGCAUUGGUGGAGAGGAGAGAAGUUCCCGGCGGGGCGGCCGAGGCAGAGGCGCCAACCCUGGACGAGGUCGUGGAGGGCCAGGGUCCAAGCCCUCUAACUCCAUCAGCUCAGUGCUGAGAGACCCAGACAGUAAUCCCUACUCCCUGCUGGAGGGUGAGGGAGAGCAGGCCGACACGGAUGUCAGCGAAGGCAUGGGAGAAGACCGCCGUAGGCGCUCCCGUCGGCGCCGCAACGACCAGGAGCCCAGUGUGAUGGAUGCCGCGGCAGAGUCUGACAGCCAGGCCGGGCCCAGUGAGAACGGGCUGGGUCAGAAACUUUAUGAUGAAGCUCGGCCUCAGCGACGCAACCGAAGCCGCCGCCGCCGUAACCGUGGCAGUCGCCCUGAGGGAGGCUCCACCAGCCGUGACAGGCAGCCAGCUGAUAGUGUGACUGUUGCUGACUACAUAUCCCGUCCUGAGUCCCAGAGCAGACAGAACCUUCCUCAAAAGGAAAACCACACUGGCGCUGAGCCCAAGGAGAAUGGGACCAGCAGCAAAAAGGAUGACCGAACGCCUUCCAAGCGUUCCCCAAGCAAUGGCACAACGCCGACCAGCGAGACGCUAACGUUGGUCAAUGGCGUCUCGUAAUGAGACAGCCGCACCCUUUGCGAAACCCAAGACUCGAGCAAGAAGACUCCAUGGCAAACUGUCCCUGCUUGCAUUAACUUAAACCGUAAACAGAUGAGUGAAAAAUACCUGACAAAAUACCUGAAUCCAUAUUAUGAGAGCGAAAAAACCAGACAAACGCAUCUACUUAAGAAAACAUGGUGUAUGCUAUCCUAUCUAUCAGUACUUAGUGCUUAUUUAAAAAAGAAACAACUAGCUUGCCAAAAAGAGCUGGUAAAUAUGACUUGAUUUUUAAGGAAAAUACUGAGACACAACAAACAGGACUAGACUUUUUUGAGGGGGCUUUUGUUAUUGUCUUUUUUUGUGUGUUUGUUUCGUUCAUUGUUUAUCACUGGCUUGGACUCUGCAGUCGCUAUUUCUCCACUGAAACAGACACGUCUUAUUAACGGUGUUUGAGUGCAGGUGAGAGAGGUGUAAGCUGUGGAGAGUGGCACAUGAGCAGACGGUCCAAUGCGACGACGCAGUGUUCACACUCACAGAGGCUGGAAUAUUGAUCGACAUUGUGCCUUGAAUUUAAAAAAAAAAAAAAAAAGUGUUUUGUUUCCAGGGAGGGAGGUUCUGUAUUUUUAUUUCAGUUCCAAGGGGAGAACUGACUGAUGAGGGAAUUGUUAGUAGAAGUGGCUGGGGGCGGGGGGGGGGGGGGGUAGACAAGCUCGGUGCCAAACACCAGAAUCAAGUCAAUUUCCUCAUUUUAGGUAGAGUAGACUGUGUGGAGGCUCUACUUAUUUGGCAGCCACAAAACGAAAAACACAAUUCCUGGCCUCAUCUCAACACAGGAAGGAGGAUGUGAAGUAAUGUGUCUCCUCCUCACCUGUCUUAAGUCUCUUAAGGUGGGUCAAGGGCGGUGCCCCGAGCAGCUGCUUUCUUUUUUUUAUUUUUAAGCCCAAACAAUAGAAACAAAAGAGAAGUAGUACUAGCUUCCAACCACAGUCUCGGAAAAACCACGGUCGCACGCCGCUCCGCAUGCACAUGAGGGUCCAUCAGCUUUGGAGGAGGCAGGGGCAGGCAUGUGCUGCAGGUGGGAAAGGGUCCGGGAGGGCCGGGGGCAGCAACGACAGAACUGUGGGGACAGCUUCAAAUGAGAUGAGAGCCACAUGCAAACACGCACCACCCAGGUGGUGGUUACCCCUGCCUGGCAAACAACUGAGCAAGGUGUUCUGUGUUGGGGCGAGUGGUGUACGAGAGUCCCGAGUGGCUCUCUGCUCAUGUUGCUACUGUUGUCUUGGUUACCGCUCUUUUUGUUGUUGCUAUUUCCACAUCUUAGAAAAUAUGAAAUAAAAAAUGGAAGUGAAAUGUA